AUGUCUGCUCUCAGUGGUGACUGGAGCCGACCAGAGAUCCAGUUCCUGUGUGGGACGCUUCGGCUCGAGGAAGAGGAAGAGGAAGAGGAGCACCCCAGCAGGGGCCCGACGUGGAUCAUGACCGAGGCGCUGGGCGGACGAGACGGCCGUCGGGCCACCAGCGGCCUGCUAGAGGUCAGAGGUCAGAGGUCAGCGAGUGUCUGGGAGGUGGGGGCCAGCCAGGCCCGCUCAGCCCAGAGGGGCGGAGACGUGGAGACGGGCGACGUUGGGGUUAGGAUGAAGAGGAUGAGGAGGGAGACGAGGAGGAAGAGCGGCAGGAAGAGCGGGAGGAUGAAGAGGAUGAGGAGGGAGACGAGGAGGAAGAGCGGCAGGAAGAGCGGGAGGAAGACGAGGAGGAAGAUGUUCAGAAAACAAAGCAUCGGAAGCUGUCAGAGAGGAGCCAUGGUCAUCAUCUCUGAACCGGACCCUGGACUCUCUGAGGAACCUGAGGACACGUCUUUGGACCGGAGGGAGCGCAGGAACAGAAGAUCUGAUGAAUUGACACUUCAGGGCUGGAGUUUCUACCUUAGUUCUACUACUAAGAAGAACUGGACGGCCAGUAGAGAAGACUGCCUGCAGAGAAACGCAGACCUGGUGGUCAUCAACAGCAGAGAUGAAGAGGGGUUUGUCAGCAGAUUGAUGGGUCCUUCCUGGCUUGGACUGAGUGAUCGAGACACAGAGGGGACCUUCAAGUGGGUGGAUGGUAUCCCCAUGACCUCAAGAUGGAGACACGGUAAACCACGCGAUGACGGCGGAGCAAAAGACUGUGUCGUAGCAGGGGAGGACGGCUGGUCCGAAGAACGGUGUGACAGUCUGAUCUGUGAGAAGGUCGUUGACCUGGAUCAUCUGGAGGCUGAGCGAAACAAAGAGGGUUCAGUGAUGCCCACGGAGGAGGAGGAGGCCCCCAGCAUCACAGAGUUCCACUCCUCUACCCACGUGUUGCCCGUGGGCCAAACGGCCCGCUACACCUGCCACGCCGGCGGCACGCCGGAGCCCACAGUAGAGUGGCUCCACAACGGCAGGCCCCUGGUGAGGGACGGCACAGACGACCAAUCAGAGGCCUGGGUUGAGAGGGGGUUCCUCUUCGUCAGAGGUGGGAGGUACGGCGUGAACACGGUCUGCUGCAUGGCGAGCAACAGCGCUGGCACGGCCAAUCACAGCGCUGAGCUGCUUGUCUUUGAUGCCUGUGAAGUCACACUGGACCCGAACACGGUCCAUAGAGAACUCGCUCUGUCUGAGGACAACCGGAAGGUGACGAUGGCUGAAGAGGACCAGCCGUAUCCGGAUCACCCAGACAGAUUUGACUCCCUGUACCAGGUGUUGGGUAAAGAGGCUCUGACUGGCCGCUGUUACUGGGAGGUAGAGAGGGAAGGAUGGGUUAUUAUAGGAGUGACAUACAGAGGAACUUCCAGGAAAGGAUGGGGGGGUUCUGGAGCAUUUGGAGAGGAAAACGAGCGCUGGGGUCUUGAUUGUGUUGAUGAUGCUUACCUUGCCUGGUACAACGAUGGUUUCACAGGCACAUCUCUCCGCCCCGCUGGCUCCACCAGAGUAGGAGUGUAUCUGGACCGGCCUGCUGGCUCUCUGUCCUUCUACAGAGUGUCCCCAGGUGGAGGAGGGUCCUCAGACACACUGACACACAUCCACACCUACCAGGCCACCUUCACCCAGGAGGACCUCCUCCCUGCGUUUAAGUUAAAUGGGAUUUCCGCGGGUGACACAUGGUGAAAUAAAACCGACGGG